ACCGGCGGCGGGGGGUGGCGAUGGGCGACACGGCUCCCCCCCAGGCCGCGGGGCUGGGGGCCGGGCUGCUGGGGGGCGGCGGGGGCGGCCCGGCGGCCCCCCGGGUCCACAGCGCCAUCGUGGAGCGGCUGCGGGCCCGCAUCGCCGUGUGCCGCCAGCACCACCUCAGCUGCGAGGGGCGCUACGAGCGGGGCCGCGCCGAGAGCUCCGACCGCGAGCGGGAGAGCACCUUGCAGCUCCUCCACCUCGUGCAGCAGGGGCAGGGGGCCCGCAAGGCCGCCAAGCACCCCAAGGCGGCCGCAGGAGGAGCAGGAGGAGGAGGAGGAGGAGGAGGAGGAGGAGGAGGAGCGGCCACCCCGUCCGCCGCCGCCGCCGCGCCCCCCGACUACCACCAGCACCUCCUCAGCAACGGCGGCGCCAACGGGGAGCAGGCGGCGGGGGAGCAGCGAGCCUCGGCCCUGCUGGCGCUCCAAGGCUCCUUGAAGAGAAAGUUGGUGGUAAAUCUGUCACCUGUCAACAACAAGAGGCCAAAUGGUGUUUCGGACAACUCUUUCCUUGACAUUAAGAGGUUAAGAGUGGGUGAUAAUAUCCCAAUGGGACAAGGUGGACAUCAUGCUAACAAUUGCCAAAGCCAGUCAAUGUCUGGAACUAUGCCUGUGGGGCAAGGAUCACAAAGAAAGACCAGUAACCUAGCAAAUAAUGCACAUGCUAGUGGGAAUGGCAUGUUUAAUAUGACUUUGAAAGAGGUAAAGAAAGAACCGGGAGAAACCAUGUCCUGCAGCAAACACUUAGAUGGCCAGAUGUCCCAUGAGAACAUGUUCCCUAACAGAUAUGGGGAAGACUCAGGAGAACAAAUGAUGGAUCCAGAGCUUCAGGAACUAUUUAAUGAACUGACUAACAUAUCAGUGCCACCAAUGAGUGAUCUUGAGCUAGAGAAUAUGAUAAAUGCCACAAUAAAGCAAGAUGAACCGUUCAACAUUGACCUUGGGCAACAAAGCCAGAGGGGUCCUGUGAGAUCUCUGCAGAUGGAUAAGAUGGUAAUUAAGAGCGAAUACACACCAGGCAUGAACCAGGCUUCUGUGGGUUCCCCACAGAUGAGGCCUUCUUCUACAGGUCCAGCCUUCACUAUGGCCACUGCUGCCAUGUCCACCUCCUCACCCAUCCCCUCGGUGCCUCAGAAUCAAACACAGGUAUCGCAGGUCUCUUCUGCAUCCAGUCGGCCAUUGCCUAACUGGCAGGAGGUUUCUCAUGCACAGCAACUCAAACAGAUCGCAGCCAACCGUCAGCAGCAUGCCUUGAUUCAGCAGCAACAGCAGCAGCAGAACCAGACAGCCAACUGGUCCACCUUGUCUCCAUCAGGUCCUUCCCCCGGGCCCUUUGUGCAAGAGAAAAUCCCCAGUCCUUCUUUUCGCCAGCAGCAGUUCAGCCCACAAAGCUCUGCGAUGCUUGGGGUGCCCGUGAAUGGAAACCAGUCAAAAGGGAUGAAUAACUAUGUCUAUAAGCCAACCACUCCCCAGAGCAAUCCCAUGGACAUAAUCAUGCAACAGAAGCCUCAGGACCUCAACAGAAACUUUAUCAACAGUGCUCAGCCACCACUAGAGCAGCAUCAUGGCAACACAAAGCCUUUGUUUCACUUUAACUCAGAGCAAACAAACCAGCAGAUGCCUUCAGUUUUGGGUUCCCAAAGCAAGCCUGCCCUUCUGCACUACACGCAGCAGUCACAGAGCUCAGCCCCAGUGCAACAGCCACAGCAGCAACAACAGCCACAGCCACAAGCUGCUCAGCCUCUCCCAAACCAGUCUCUUCAAAGGCCACCCAAUGUACCCCUAGCAAUGCAGCAAAAAAUGAUGCUUCAGAAAAUUCAGCAAAGCCAGCAAAUCUCAGGUUUGCAGUAUCCAGUCUCUCAGCAGCAUAGACAGGAUCAACACUCUGUGGUAGGCCAGGGAGCUGGCCCCACUCCAAGCUCCAGUUCUUGCUCAAAUCCAAACACUGGAAGUGGUUACAUGAACUCAUCCCAGCAAUCAAUGUUGAAUCAGCAACUGAUGGAAAAGAAACAGGCUCUGCAACGGCAAAUGAUGGAGCAAAAACAACUCCUUCUACAGCAGCAGAUGUUGGCAGAAGCUGAGAAAAUCACUCCACAAGAUCAGCUAAACAGACACUUGACACGACCGCCACCUGAUUAUAAAGACCAAAGAAGGAACAUGGUCAAUAUGCAACAAACAAACCAAUAUCCUGGUGGUUCACCAGCUGUGAGCAUGAGCUCCAGCAUGUCCUUAUCAAACCCAAUUUCAACACAUAACAUCAUGCCCCAGAACUCCAGCCUCAUGUCCACCCCUGCUGGGACCCGGAUGCCUUCUGUCCCUGCCGCUCGGAGUAUGGGCUGCUACGGGAACCUUCCCUGCAACCAACCAAGUGCAUACAACGUGACUUCAGGAAUGAACCAAAUGCAGCCACACAGAAACCAAAAUCAAGUCCUGCCCAGUCAGAACAACCCCUUGAUGUCUCGACAGCAAACCAUGACGCAGGGGAACAAUGUAGCUACUUUUGGGACAGGGUCAGUGGUCAACUCACAGCAAGUGAGACCCAGUUUGAACCACGGAGCCACAGGUGUCCCCGUACAGAGACCAGCCAAUGUGAUGAUCACAGCUACAGCCACUGCUCAGAACUGGGCCCCGCAAGAAGCUGCUGUGAAGCAGCAGGACACACUGAAACCCGCAGGGGUCCGUUUCCCCACGGGCACUCCAUAUCCCAACCAGUCUUUGCAACGCAACAUGGGCAACCCCCAUUUUCCUCAGCGUGCAUUGGCACCUCCUAAUCAGUUAACAGCGGGAGUCCAAAUGAGGCCUCCCCUAAACCAAAUGCACCAGACUCUAAAUGGACAGUCAGCUGGUUCACUACGAGGUCUAAGCAUAAGACCUAACCAGCUCAGAGGACAGACUGUGCCUACCCUGAAUCAGCCAGGAACAAGUAUGACACCUCCAUCAUCUCUGCCGUCUACGAGUUUCACAUCUACCAACCAAAACUCUCGGGCUUACCAAGGAGGCGACCACAGUAAUGACUUAGCGUUUGACUUUCUGAACCAGCAGGGUGACAGUAUAGGGCCUGCGCUCAACAGUGACUCAGACUUUAUAGAUUCUUUACUGAAAACGGAACCUGGUAACGAUGACUGGAUGAAAGACAUCAACCUUGAUGAAAUUUUGGGGAACCACUCGUAAGUGACAGUACCGAGGGUGAAACCGAUGAAGAAGCAGUAAGGACAUUAGCUUUUUCUUUAGAUGCCAACAAUCUGCUUUAUUAAUUUACACUCCAGUAACUGGGCUGUCCUUUAAAAUACCAUGUAGGAUGAUUGCCCUGGUUGAAGAGUUGCUCAAGAAACAACACUGAUGUCUCCCCCGAUCAAACGAUAAUGUAAGUGAUAUUCACACCUGCCACAAGGAGUGAGAACACGUGAAGGGUCUGUUCCCCAUGCUGGUGCCCAGUGCUUUGCAAACACAUCAGUUCGUCUCAUGGGUGCUGUGUGGCAAAAUGUGUUUAGCUUCCUGUGAGUGCAAGCCCCAUACAGUAGUAUGGGCUGUGAGACAUCAUUUCUGUGAGUGCAAGUGGUCCAGAGUGCUUCAGUCACCGUCUUCACAGCCCUUAGCUGCCUUGGGACUACUCAGCCCUGACAGGAUCAGGCCCCGUGUAAAUCUUGUUGCGUUGCAAAAAACUGUUUACUUCUACGUAGUACAAACUCGCAUUUGUGUUUCCAAUGAUUUUGUUUUAAACCCUCUGUGUUUUGUACCACGCGAAAGGGUAAGUGGUCCCGUCCAAGGAGAGAAGGAAGCCGAUCGUGUGACAGACAUCAGUGCUUAACUCGGUGUGCUCUAGUUUCUGUUGUCUGCCUUUCUCCAGCACUUGGAGCUGGUACCAGAGGAGGCUGCCCUCCUGUCAGCAGCACAACCAUGCGGGGCAUUGAGGGAAACAUGAGAUGAACGAUGCCAAAGCUCAGGAGCCUCGCUUUACCACCUUGCCCUACCCCAGGAAUACUAGUGACUUAAUGGACAAAUUAAAUGAGAAAGGUGCUCAUGAUUUGACCCUCAAAAGCUACUUUCCCAGUCCAGCUCAGAGGAGGGCAAAUACACGCUGCUAAGCCACAGCAGCUAUCCUCAUUUUCAUUUUAACCCAUGGCGUGUGUCAGGUAGCUCAGCCCAGUCCUCUUCUAUAAAACAGGCUCAUCCCUGCAGAAAUGCCAGUCCUGCUGUCUGGGGAGAGGCUCACGUUUUGAUUGCACAGCAUUUUGGCUCCAUCCCACUUUCUUUAGCUCUCCUUUUCCAUAUGGGGAGAGUUGAAAUAGGUCCACCAGUGGCCCAGGUCACCACAGUCUCCUUCAGCAGAGCACGUGUAUGCCACCCCUCACACCUGUGUGACACAUCAGCUGUAACCACUGGGGUUACUUGCAGUAUCUACUCAGCCAUGUCUGCUUGUAAAUGAAACAGUCUGGGGAGAUAUUUCUGGGCAGUAGUCUCAAUCAUCUGUUCUGGGUUUUGGGAUGGCCCAGCUAGCGUUGCCUUGAGCGAUUUCUAUGUGCCACUAGGGAGUUAACCUGGGCCAUAAAGUGUUUGCAGCCACUUUGCCUUGGAAGCUAACAGAACACAGUGGUAAGGAUAUUGGUUGUUCCACACCACCUGACCUCACUGCUAGACAGUAGUCUUGACCAUGUUAAAUUUUCUUCUACAGGCUUGUUAGCAAGGACAUCAGAAGGAGGUCCUAUGUCACUAUAAUACAGCUCCACCAUGAGUCCGACAGGAGAAUUCAUGGAUUGGCACAGAUCGUGAAAUUCAAAUGAAAAUGCUGUUCUUUAAGAUGAUGUGGUGAGACGUGUUUCACAGCCUCCUCUGGAUUAGCUAAAACUAGAUGUGGCAAAGGAAUAUAAUGCCUACGUUCACAUGCCACAGCGCCAAGAGGCACCGCUCUACCCCAUGCAAGUGCUUUAUUCAUCCUUGUUAGUGGCAGAGGGAUGAAUAGACUAUCUGACAGUAGCCUCUGCACUUAACUGACCUAGUUCUCAAGAGAAGUUUUAAUAAGGCUUUUCUAGUUGUUUCGCUUUGUCAUUUCACAUGGGCACAGUUUUUUGUGAUGCUUUAAGAAGCACAGUCACACACACAAGUGCCAGCACUGCCGGGAAAGGUGUAACACGGGCAAUUAGUUAGACAUACCAGUUGAGGUGGGCUGGUUCAUGAUGCUGCUCAUUCCCAGACAUGUUGUUCAUAACAGGGAUGAGAAACUAUGCUGAAGAGUCCCUUCUGCCCCAGCUAGUGAUGGUUGCACAACCCUGCAUUGCACAGUGGCUCAGCUGCCCAGAAAGCUGCCUUUUCUCCCCAGGUUUGACUGAAGUGUACGCAGUCCCUUUGAUAUGCCAGUACAAAUUUUUCCAAGUUUUUAAGCAGCUUUUCAGCUCAGGCCACUGGCAACCUGCCUCAGUUUGGGAUGAUACAGAUGCAGUGUAACAAAUGAGUCCUCUAUAAGUUUGUGCAAAACUAGGUUGAAAUAGUAGAUACAGGAGUUUAACGUGGAAGGAAGAUCAGCUCAUCUGUCUUGCACACAGGCACACCACCCAUGAGCAGUGACUGCCGAAUUUCUUGUACAGACAACUGCGAUGCUACUAAGGCUGAGGCUGUUAGUCUCAUCACGAGCAAUGAGCACGGAAGGCUGGUAACAUCAGCUACUCUCACAUGCCAUUGAGAAAACCACCACUGGUUUCUGUACUAAGACCAGACUGUUUUCCAGAUCCUCAAAUGAUGUAAAAUAAAUCAUUCAGCUGAGGUCCCAAGCCUUCAAGCUGUCAUCCAGUGCUGGAUUCCAUGCUGAGCUUCGUCCUGUUGGCCUUAUCCUACAGUGGAGAAGGCACUGGGCUGUCAGGGCCAUGCCCAGGAUCAGGAUGUCAUUCUGUCUUAGUAAAUCCAACAAGGUAGAGGCCAUUUGCAGUCCUAUUAAAGAUGCCUGAUGCAUUUCAAAUCUGAGCUUUUGAAAGACACUUGCAACCAAAACUUGAAUCCGGUAUCAUUUCUUCAGAACACCUGUGUCUGAACAGAGUUAGCGUCCUUGUUUCUCUUUCUUUGCAAUGGCUAAGUGCACUACCCUUAUAGUCUAUUUUUCAUCAUCAGCCGGGCACUCUUCACAGUAUUGGGUUGUAAAUAUAAAGAAUUAUUUGUUUUGUAAACUUUUGUAAAAAACAACAACAAAAAAAAAACAAAAACAAAAAGUAAUAAUAUUUUGGUAGGAAUAAUAAAAUCAUAUUAUUUGGGUUAUAUUUAUACAUAUGUGAAAUAAAUAUACUAUCAAAAAGUUGUAUUUUAUACAAAAAGUCAAUGGUUACCUUUUGUAUUCUAUAUACAAAGUUUUGUAUGAUACGAUUGUUUAUUUUUAUCUGCAGACUUCAACUUUGGAUUUUGGGGGAGGGCAGAAUGGGAUCAUGGUUAAAUAGCUGGGCCUGACCCCAAGCUCACUGAAACCAAUGGAGUCUUUCCAUUGCCUUCACAGGGCUUUGAAUCAAGCCUUUAAAUCAACUUCAGAUAUAUUUGAAAUCUGAAGCUCUCUGGAAACCUCAACAUGAAAACAUUCCAGGUUUCAAAUUUUUUCCUGAAAAAGGCUUUUAUUAUUAUUAUUGUUGAUGUUGUUGUUGUAACUCUCGGGAGGCAGGUGGGACCUAUGUAACUGUCAUGUCCUUGUUGCAUGUAUGUCUGCUUUAUAUUUUCCCCAUAUUAUAAACCAGUGUUCGCUAUACAGACUGAGAAGAGAAGUUGCUGUACAGAAAUGUUUGUGUUUAUGCAUUUUUACAUGUGGCUGUAUAUACCUCCUAGUACUAUGCAGUGACACUUAUUUGACUCCAUUUAUUUUUCACCUAAACAUGAAUAGUAUGUUUUUCAGUAGCUAUCAAAACUCUGCCAAGUAAAUCAAUCAAAAUUA